GAGCUUGUCGCUGGUGUCGCCUCCCUCCUCUUUAAUCCCUCCCUGGAUGCGCUCAGGCCGGGGCCGGGAGCGGAGCGCUGCGCUGGGCGCGGGAGCCGGCGGAGCGGGGUGUCCCCUGCGGCGGGGCGGGCGGAAUGAAGUGCGGGGUGCUGGGCGUUGCGGUGCCGAUGCUGCUGCUGCUGCUGGGCUGCCUCCUGUCCGCGGCAUCCAGCACACGACCAGAAUGCAGCAUCAUGCAGGAGAUUGAAGAGGAACGUAGCCAGUGCUUGGCAGAGCUUGUUGGGGAUAACCAGACUUCAGGUUGCAGAAGGCAAUGGGACAACAUCACAUGCUGGCCCGAAGCAGAGGUUGGAGAGGUUGUGGUACGGCCGUGCCCGAAAUACUUCAGAUUCCUCACCACUUUUCUCGGGAACGUGACCAGGAAUUGUACAAGCCAGGGCUGGACGGAUGUGUACCCUGCACCAUAUGCUGUAGCUUGUGGAUAUGAUUCCAACAGCACCCCGGGGGAAGAGCAAACAGCAUUCUAUGGCACAGUCAAGACCGGCUACACCAUCGGACAUACCCUAUCGCUCAUCGCUCUCACAGCUGCCAUGAUCAUUUUAUGUCUCUUCAGAAAACUACACUGUACUCGAAAUUAUAUUCACAUGCACCUCUUCAUGUCCUUCAUAAUGAGAGCUAUUGCGGUCUUCAUAAAAGAUGUCAUCCUAUUUGAAAGUGGAGAAUCCGAACAAUGCUUUGUGAGUUCGGUAGGCUGCAAAGCCAUGAUGGUUUUCUUCCAGUACUGUGUCAUGGCCAAUUUCUUCUGGCUCCUGGUGGAGGGGUUGUAUCUUCACACCCUGUUGGUCAUCUCCUUCUUUUCAGAAAGGAAAUACUUUUGGUGGUACAUCUUGAUUGGCUGGGGUGCCCCCUCUGUGUUCAUCACUGCUUGGACUAUUGUCAGGAUUUAUUUUUUCGAUGUUGGGUGCUGGGAGGAAAUAGUGGAAUCACCAUACUGGUGGAUCAUUAAAACACCUAUUUUGGUGUCUAUAUUGGUGAACUUCAUUCUCUUCAUUUGCAUCAUCCGUAUCUUAGUUCAGAAGCUGCAUUCCCCAGAUGUGGGACACAAUGAAACCAGCCAAUAUUCGAGACUGGCCAAGUCCACCUUGCUGCUGAUCCCUCUCUUUGGCAUUCACUACAUCAUGUUUGCUUUCUUCCCCGACAAUUUCAAAGCAGAAGUGAAGCUGGUCUUUGAGCUCGUGGUUGGGUCGUUCCAGGGAUUUGUGGUGGCUGUUCUGUACUGUUUUCUCAAUGGAGAGGUCCAAGCUGAGCUCAAAAGAAAGUGGCGGAGGUGGCAUCUGGAGCGGUUUCUGGGUUCGGACAUGAAGUAUCACCACCCUUCCUUAGGCAGCAACGGCACCAACUUCAGCACCCAGAUCUCCAUGCUGACCAAGUGCUCACCAAAGACACGCCGGUGCUCUGGCUUCCAGGCUGAAUUCUCUCUGGUGUGAUGGGGAGAGGCUCUCCAAACACUGAGCAUCCAAGAGAGAAACUGAGAGACACAACGAUCCCCAGGAAUCAGCGAUACGGUGACAAACCCUUGUGAAAUGACAUGCUCCACAUGAGCCAACAGAGGACACAAAACUGGAAGAGCCACCGGCAUCCAGAACAAGAUCAGACAAGCCAAGAGGCAGAGAAAUACUUUUCCUCUCCCUCUUUUCAGACCUUUUGCUCUGAAGUGUCAAGCCCUCAGGGGUUGGUAACUGUGAGUAAAGGUCCCAGUCACUUGAAGAGAGCCUGGGAGAUCCUGAUGUGUCAUAAAUAAUGAAGUAAGGGAGGGGAGAGCCUGAGUCCUUGGUGGCUUUACCAGAACCGGCAUCUCUGAAACAGAUAAAUUGCACUUUUUUGAAAAAAAAAAAAUGAGCCAGUAAAGGAAAGAGGGAGACAAAAAAAAAAAAAGCAGCCAAACAUAUGAAUGUGCCAAAAGUCCUGUUGAUAAGAGGUGAUGAUAGGGCACCAAAGACAGAGUCGGGGACAUGGGGAAAAGAGACAGGAGGAACACGAACAGGCAGGUGAGACCCAGAACACGGUCCCUGCCUCCGCAUUUUACACGUGUGAAGACAAAAGUGCGACACCAGGAAAGCUUCUCAGAGGAUGCCCCUGUGCUGCAGCGUGUUCUGCUAAUUGCCAACCAUCCUUAUUAGCAAAAGCUUUCCAAGCACCUUUAGGUGCCCUCUGGAAAAGCAGAUUGCUGAGAAGGAGCAGCGUGAAUAUCCUUCUCUGCACUAUGUUCAUGACAUCGCAUUUUGUUUGGUUGUUUUCCAUGAACAGGAAGGUACAGGUGCCAAAUGCGGAGCACGGCUGUGUUUUUCAUUCCUUUUUAAGUUCACCCGUAGAUCUUGGUGCAUUAACACACCCAGGAUCAUUAAGGAUCAGGGUAAAACAAUUGGUCUGUAAUUUGCUUGCACUUGCUUAACACACAGUGCCAAGAAUGGGAGAUGUAGAACCGUGUAAUCCUUAAUUGAAUCAGACCUGCCAUAAGGAGCCACUCUCCAGAAGAAAAAAUAAGCGUUGCAGUAGCAAGCGAAAUUGCUUUCAUCAGAACAAGGUUGUCUCAGCACGUAACUGGCACUCCAGGAGCCAGAAAGGAGUGAAGGAGCUAUUAAAUUGAUUUCUUCUUCAGCUUUUGUGGGGAGCUUUCAUCCCAUGAUGAAGGCUUUGUUAGAUCAUUAAGAUGUGCAUCUGUAUUUUACCUGUUUCCUGAACGCCUAUUAGUUUCCAUAUAGGGGCAAUCCCUAUUUGAAAAAUGCACAUAGAACCUGUUAAAACCAAGGGAAUAGUUAUUUUUUGCUUUUCUUUUCUUGGUGGAGGGGCUAAGGAGAGAGGUGAAACCAAAUCCUGCUCAGACAUGCCAGGCUGGUGGGGCAUCACAUGCAGCUCACACACCCAGACACUGCAUUUGAGACAAUCCCCGUGAGCCCAAACGCAGUCAGAAGACGGACAUCACAAGGAUGCGGAUGCUCACACUGAUGUCGAACCCAACUGAAUCGAAUAGCAUUGCACCAGUUUUAUGCUGGGUGUGAGAAAUCCCUGCCCAGCUCAAGUGUACACUUAGAAAUUGGAGACCUUGUUGCUGUCUACAGCUACCUGAAAGGAGGUUGUAGCAUGGAGGGGGUUGUUCCCUUCUCCCAAGUAGCAAGUGAUAGGACAAGAGGAAAUGGGGUUAAGUUGUGCCAGAGGAAGUUUGGAUUGGAUAUUAGUAAAAAAUUCUUCACUGAAAGGGUUGUCGGGCAUUGGAACAGGCUGCCCAGGGCAGUGGAACAGGCUGCCCAGGGCAGUGGUGGAGUCACCAUCCCUGGAGGGGUAUAAAAGGCAUUUAGGUGAGGUUCUUAGGGACAUGGUUUAGUGCUCAAGUUCAAGGUAUGAACUUGAGUCCAGGUCUAGACAAGUAACGAAGAAGUUUGAGCACAGAGAUUUUGAACGUAAGUGACGCACCAUAACCAGCAACCUCCUUUGUGAGACAUGAGGGAAACCUUUCCCAUCUGUUAGGGGAAGCCUUGCUGGCAUAAAGGUCAAUGUCGGUGAGCCAUGAGACACCUUGUGCAUUUCUACUCUGUUGUUCUUCACAGAAUCAGGGAAUGUUUAGGGUUGGAAGGGACCUCUGGAGAUCAUCCAGUCCAACCCACCUGCUAAAGCAGGGUCACCAGAGCAGAUCACACAGGAAGGUGUCCAGGUGGGUUUGAAUGUCUCCAGAGAAGGAGACUCCACAACCUCUCUGGGCAGCCUGGGCCAGGCUCUGGCACCUCAAAAGAAAGAAGUUUUUCCUCAUAUUCAGAUGAAACCUCCUGUGUUUCUGUCUGUGUCCGUUGCCCCUCAUCCUGUCAUUGGGCACCACUGAACAGAGUCUGGUCCAUCCUCUUGACAUCCACCCUUGAGUUAUUUAUAAACAUUGAUGAGAUCCCCUCUCAGCUUCUCUUCUCCAGGCUGAACAGCCCCAGCUUUCUCAGUCUCUCCUCAUCAGAAAGAUGCUCCAGACCCCUCAUCAUGUUUGUAGCCUCCUCUGGACUCUCUCCAGUAAUUCCUUGUCCUUAAACUGGGGAGCCCAGAACUGGACACAGAACUCCAGAUGCGGCCUCAUCAGGGCAGAGCAGAGGAGGAGGAACAACCUCCCUCAACCUGCUGGUCACGCUCUUCUCAAUGCACCCCAGGUACCUUUGGCUUCUUGGCCACAAGGACACAUUCUUGACUCACGGUCAACCUGUUGUCCACCAGAACUCCCAUUUGCAGGAGGAUCUUCUGCUUUGUAUUUACAGCUUCUCUUCCAUUUCAGUCCUGUGCUAACUAGUACCAGCAUGAACCUCAUGCCAGAUGCAGCAGCAAUGAACUCUCCUUUUAGAUCAUGACAGGGUAAAAAUUUGGCUGGUUAUUCACCCUUGCCACAGGGCCUUCUGCAGCCCUUGAACUGCGCCACCAGGUUCUUCUGCAUGGGAGCCUGAAGAUAGGGUGUAACUUGAACUGAGGGGCUUCUUCAAAAAAAUGUUGGCUACAUUAACGUGCCAGGAACGGUGCCCCCAGACAUCCUAUGUGCAUAUAUUUCGUCACUGAGCAUCCAGCCACAUUGCCAUUAGGCUGUCAGGGGUGUUUGAGAGAUUAAAUGAAUAUGCUGUAGAUAUUAUACCUGCUGUGACAGGCAUGGCAAUAUCGGUGAUGCACGCAGUGCAGAGCUGCCAGUCCAGCUGUGUUGACCUCAUAUUUUAGGAGAACAGAGGACUCAGUGGUGAAAUCAGAGCUUUUUACUCUGGGGAUAUGAGCAAUCAAGUGAACAAUGACAUUCGGAUCAGAUGCUCAUUUAAGUGGCUUUGUGCAGGAAUUUGGCAUGGUAACUUGGCUUCCUCUGCUCUGUUUUUCAUCCAGCUCAUCAAUAAAAUGGAGUGAAAGGACCUCACUGCAACCCCAAAUGACAACCCAAGCUGUGUUGUCCUAACCCCAUGCAGAAUACACGAUGCAGUGCUUGAGAUGCUGACGAUGCUCACAAAGCACCAGCCUGUCCCCAUUAUCUCUGGUGUAAGAUAGGAAUGACUCCAGUGAAGGCAACUGAAUUAAUUUCCUGGGGAAAAAAAAAUACAUAUAUACAUAUAUAUGAGGCAUACCUGGAUGUGAUGGGCUUUUAGACAUAUUUGAGGAUCAUGAGUUCAAACUUCAAAACCCUUUUACAGAAAUGUGGCCAAAUUCUGAGCCCAUUUGCACCAAUCAGUCCACUGCAGUGACUCCUGAAUUACACCAGCAUUAAACUGGAAUUUACCUUUAGAAUAAUUCCUUUCUCUUCAGACUGGAGCUGUUUACUACUUUUUUUAUACCAGUGAGACAUCAAACCCCUUCUGUUAAUGAGUCACUCUAUAUUUCUGUGAUUAAACUAUUUUUAAAAAUUAAUAAGUAUGGAACAAUUAAAAUAUAAAAAUUACAUUAUUGUCACAUGGUCUAGAAGUACGAGGUUCAAUGCUAACAUUAGACUGUAGAUAUUUCCAUUCAGCUGGGACCUAUAUUUCUCUGUGGCACUCUCAUAAGCAGCAAGAGAUGAGAAUAUGACCACAUUUAGGCUUGAAAAAGUAGUAGUAAAGAAAUUCUUGGCUGUUGUAGAAUUUCAGGGCAUUAACUUGAAACUAUUUGUUAAAAUCAGAGAUAUAUACACAGAAGCAUCAUUACUGCAGUUAUGAAAUGAAAAGGGGAUCUCAAAAAAAAGCCCAGGAAACAAAACACCUGAAUAUUUUAAUUUGUUUUUUUCUUAGGAAGUGGUUAUAUUUUUCUUCAGGAAGGUAUUACUGGAGAAAAUAAAUUUGUAUAUUGACUAAUCAGCAGAUUUAGUUCUUUCUGAAUAUCCCUCUUGUUUCCCAUUCAGCUCAGAAGCCAUGAGGCAGGGAGGCGUCUAUGUCUAAGGGGUAUGCGAGCGAAAGGAUUAAAACCAAAUCUCUGCUCCAAUCUGAUGGAAAUACUUUCAGGGAGACAUGUACCCACUGAUUAAGGAAAGACUGCCUGGUGGUUUUUAAACAGCAAAAUGAAGUUGCAAAGAUAACUCAGGAGUGAACAGCACUCGGUUCCGUGGCAGGGAUUAAAGGGUUUUGGUAGGAUUAUUUUGUCUCCUUUCCUUCUGCCAUCACCACAGUGUUUAAACAAGGCAAAACCCAUUGGGUUUCUGCAGGAAAUAUCAAAGCUUUUCAGACUAGAAGGGAAUCUCUCAAACUUGGAAGCCCCAUUACAUGUCUUUGUGAAGUGUGUGUUAUUCUGUCUGCACAAGUUUAACCUGGUUUGAUUGGUGGCCUAUGGAAAUCCACAUGGUUUCAGAAGCAAGGAGACUGAGAAGCAGUAUUCCUUCUCUGGGACACAAAUCUAAGCUUAACACCAAGGCCCUUGUACAAUGUGCCUCGUCCUUGCCAUGUCCCAGCCUCUCUGCUUUCAGGUAGGGCUUUUAGCUGGAGAACAAAUCUCAUCUGGGGUGUUGACACAACCUUGUGCUUCUUCCCAAGGCAUCUCUGCACCAAUGAAUGUGCCAAACUCUUGAGCUCCCAAAUUCAGGAGCUUCUUGACUUGCAACGCAACUUUGCACUUUUCACACACCCAUGCUUAUGGUGGCAAGGAUCAUAAUGCUUCUUGAUUGUAGAUAACCCUCAAAGAGCAGUAGGCCAAGCUCUUGGCCUCCUAGAUACCCAUAUCAAUCUGGAAUGACUCUGCUGGUAUCAUUCUGGAACAAAACUGAUGUAAUAAGGAAAAGAAUUAAGUCCCUAACUAGUACUUGGGAGUCUGAUGUCCCAAAAUCCAGAACAGCAUGGAUUUCAACCCAUUUUCUUUCAGUCAGUCAACUUUUUGCACUGUCUCCAAAACCAAUAUUUGCAUACCGGUCUGAUAAGGUAUAAUUAUAAUGACUGAUCUUGUUAUUUCCCCUGGAAAUCUGUAAAGCUGUAAACUGUGGCUCUUAGGAAUUAGGAGUUUCCUGGGCUCAUGGACUGUCUCUUCCACCUCCUACUUUCUGAAAGUCCUAACUCCUUGUUUGCUUGCAUGGUGUUACGCUAUAUACUGAAGAGCCGUGGGUUUGAAACCCUGGUUAUUUCUAGCAUACUGUGAAAUCACAAGGAAGAAGACAAACAUUGGGACUGGAAAUUCCGUAAUGGGUCUGCAAGGGAAAUAAUGCCCAUUUGGGUUCUGAGGGCCAGGCCUUUAGAACAUGCAAAUUGGCAUGGUGUUUUAUACCCCAGUUUUGUGGAUAUUGUAAAUUUGUACAUAGAGGAAAUCUGAAUAGCACAUUUAAAAAAAAGAUAAAAUAUAAACUUUUUUUGAUACUCUGAUGAUAAAUUAAAAUCAAAAAGGCACUUUUGAAUUCAGAAGUGCAUUUUUCAGGCUCCGAUUCAAACACCUCAAGCUGUUGUUCAGUAGGUGGUGCCGACUGACUCUUCGCACUCAAACCGUGAGCACCUCUGCUCUGCCCUCCUGUAAAUAGGCUUUGACAGCAGAGAGUGAUGACAACUGGCUGUGAACAAAGAAUCACUGUCUCUGUGGACUUUCACAUACCUAGGUGCUUGUGAUGUAUUCUCUAUGCCAGUGAGAACAGGCUUGCUUGUUCAGCACAGGUGAAAUCUCUGCCUUGUUUCAUGGCCUUUUGCCCGAUGUUAUUUAUUUUGUUUUGACUCUGUACAUAUGCAAUGAAUUGGCUAUUUUUUUUUUCCUUUGUAUUUGGUUCAUCUCCUUGCUUCAGAGGAGGUUCUUCUCUGUGGUUGACACUGCUGAAAACAAGCAAUAAAACCAUUGUGAAGACAUUGCGUCCAAGA